CUUUUUGACUGGAUUAGAUGGGGCAGAGCGACACGAGUUUCACACUGCUGCUCACAUUGUGGCGAGUGCACGAGGCCACUGCGCGGAUCGAGACAUGCUGCUGGAUCAUCUCUUGUUCCCACUGCAGGCAGCUCCACUGUUAGUCGCAAGAGAGGAGGCCCCCAGCUGCCAGGGCUAGAGCUGGCCAUGGCCCCCAACGCCACCAACACACGCACACCGACCCCCUGCGGGGGGGCCCUGCCGGGGGAUGGAGAGGCUAGGGAGAACUGGAGCAAGAAGGUGGACUUCCUACUGUCAGUCAUAGGAUUUGCCGUCGACCUGGCCAACGUGUGGCGCUUUCCCUACCUGUGCUACAAGAACGGGGGCGGUGCGUUCCUGGUGCCCUACUGCAUAAUGCUCGUGGUGGGAGGCAUCCCGCUGUUCUACAUGGAACUGGCUCUGGGGCAGUUCAACCGCAAGGGAGCCAUCACUUGCUGGGGCCGCCUCGUGCCUCUCUUCAAAGGUAUCGGAUACGCAGUGGUGCUCAUCGCUUUCUAUGUCGACUUCUACUACAACGUCAUCAUCGCGUGGGCUCUCAGGUACUUCUUCGCCUCCUUCAGCAGUCUUCUGCCGUGGACGACGUGCGACAACUCCUGGAACACCCCUCUCUGCAGACCGUUUGAGCUGAAUGCCUGGACCGGGGAAUCACAUCGCAACGGCAGCUUCAGCGUCGGCGUCGGCGACACCACCGAGCGCCAUCUCUCUGGGCCGAUCAGCGUCAUCAGUGAGGACACGAAUAAUUACACUAAAUUCACUUCCGCAGCUUCGGAGUACUUCAAUCGAGCGAUCCUCGAGCUGCACCGAAGUGCGGGACUACACGAUCUGGGGGCCAUCAAGUGGGACAUGGCGCUGUGCCUUCUGGCUGUGUAUUUCAUCUGCUACUUCAGCCUCUGGAAAGGAAUCUCCACGUCAGGAAAGGUGGUGUGGUUCACGGCGCUCUUCCCGUACGCAGUCCUGCUGAUUCUGCUCGUCAGGGGCGUCACUUUGCCAGGAUCUGCCGAAGGGAUCAAGUACUAUCUCAGCCCCAACUUUUCAGCCAUCACCAAGGCAGAGGUGUGGGUGGACGCAGCUACGCAGGUGUUUUUCUCUCUGGGUCCUGGUUUCGGUGUUCUUCUGGCUUACGCAUCUUACAACAAAUACCACAAUAACGUCUACAAGGACGCGCUGCUGACCAGUGUCAUCAAUUCCUGCACCAGUUUCGUCGCAGGAUUCGUCAUCUUCUCCGUGCUAGGCUACAUGGCUCACACUUCCGGGCGACCCAUCCAGGAAGUGGCCACCGAAGGCCCAGGACUCGUGUUCAUCGUGUACCCAGCCGCAAUAGCCACGAUGCCUGGCUCCAUCUUCUGGGCCCUCAUCUUCUUCAUGAUGCUGCUGACGCUCGGGCUCGACAGCUCGUUCGGCGGUUCGGAAGCCAUCAUCACGGCCCUGAGUGACGAGUAUCCAGUUAUCGGCAAGAACCGGGAGAUAUUCGUGGCCUGUCUCUUCACGCUGUACUUCAUGGUCGGACUGGCCUCCUGUUCCCAGGGAGGUUUCUACUUCUUCCACCUGCUGGACCGCUACGCCGCGGGCUACUCCAUGCUGUUCGCCGUGCUCUUCGAGACAAUCGCCGUGUCCUGGAUAUACGGUACCCAGCGGUUCUGUGACGACAUUCGUGAUAUGAUUGGCUUCUCCCCAGGCAUCUAUUGGCGCGUAUGUUGGCGAUUUGUCGCUCCUGCUUUCCUGAUGUUCAUCAUAGUGUAUGGGCUGAUAGGCUACGAGCCUCUGACAUAUGAGGAAUAUGUGUACCCGGUGUGGGCCAAUAUUCUGGGCUGGGUUAUUGCAGGUUCGAGCAUUGCCAUGAUUCCAGGGAUGGCCAUUUAUAAACUGGCCACAACACCCGGCACACUUAUGCAGCGACUCAGGUUCCUCACUACACCGUGGAGAGACCAACAGAUGGCUGCUGUUAAUGGUGUUCAGACAGACCCCGUGCAAGUGAGACUGACUACAUGUCCAGCGGCUGCUAAUGUCUGAACUGGAUUGACACACAAGCUACCUCCCACAAAUGGACAGGGAUAUUUCUUCUCUUCUGGAACGAACAACUUUGGUUCAGUGAGUAGGAAAGGGAGGAUUUAAUUGUUAAAGAAAGAUCAAGUCAGCAGGCUUAUAGCACAUGUAGAGGUCAAGCAAAUGUAUGAGUAGAAGUUAGAGCAAAACAUAUUUCAUGAUUCCACACAAUCUGUCCUUUAAUACUGAAUUUUUGAUGGAAGAAUGCUUGUAAGAAUGAUUGCCUGAAAAAAGGAAACAAAACAUGAAACAAACCGAACUGGGGAGCAGUUCACCUGGCAUGACUCUGACUGCACUCUACAGCACAAACAUAAUGACAUGCUUAAUAAAUAUUUAAAACAUUUUGCUCAGUAAUCGGCCAAAUAUCAAGUUAGAGCUGAAGCACAGAGGAUGUGGUAAUGUGCUGUCUGGUAAGGGCUACCACGCACAUCAAAGUCCACUGAUAGACAACUUCAGUGGAGUGAUUUUAAAUAGGAGAAAUCUGAAGAAACAAAAACACACACCUACUGCAUUGCCACUUCAUCCGCCAUGAAUCUCACAACAAGUCAGCACCUGAUAGCCUGAAUUGUGAAUAUAAUUUCCAGCACUUAUAAUCUAUAAAAAUUUUAUUAAAAUUUUCAUUGUAGUGCAGAAGUAAAUUCUUCAAAUUAUUCAACAAAUGUCAGUGAUUCACUAUCACACAUGCAACAUGUCCUUCUGAAACUUAUUUAAAAGUUUCUUACAUACACACAGUGUGUCUAUUAAACCUUAGUUAAAAGCAUUCUGUACAUUGCACACUACAUGUUUUGAGUGACAUUUGUCAUCAUUAGGUGUUUAAAAAUUGUUAGUGGAAACUGCUGUGCUUCUGUUUUCUGAUUCUAAUAUUCGAUACAUAGUUCCAUCUACAGGCUCGUGUAUUCUAUGGUGUUGGGUGGCUCUUCCUGUUGUGUUGUGUGUCUAGACACUUGUAGUACAGACACAGCACAAAACAAGAAGAGCCACUCAACGCCAUAGAAUACACAAGCCUGUAGAUGGGACUGCACAUCGAAUAUUAGAAUCAGAAAACAGAAGAACAGCAGUUUCCACCAACAAUUUUAAACAACUGAUGAUGAACAAUGUUGGUCGAAACAUGUAGUGUGCAAUGUCCAGAAGCUUUUAAUAAGGUUUAAAAGACUCAUUGCAUGUUUGCAAGAAACUUUUAAAUAAGUUUCAGAAGGACAUGUUGCAUUUUUGAGAGUGAAUCAGUGACAUCCAGUGAAUAAUAAAUGAUGUGCAAUGUACAGUAUAAUAUUAUAAAUUCUUCAAAACAUAAAUUAAUUACAUCAGCAUCAUAUAAACAAGAUUUAUGCUGUGAAACUAUGUAAGCAUUUACAAAGCAUUAUUCUGACUGCAACAUCUGCACCCCAGUUCAGUUUUCUUUAAAAUAAUAUGCAGCUAGGAUGUGUUGCAAUUCUUGGUAUCAGUAGUGUACAGCCAAAGCACUGGUAAUACACUAAUACUUUUAAUGUGUAGGCAUGUAGCGAAAGUGGUGUUAGGCCUACAAAAGUUCAUUAGUUGCUCUGUCUGAAACAGUGUCCUUAGAACAGAUGAAUUCCUAUGUAAAGGACAGCAGGUACUGAAUUAUAAUCAUAUGAUGAUGUAUUAAACUAUAGAUGAGUCCAUAAUAAAUUCUAGGCCUUUGUGUACAGAAUUGAUGAUAAGCUUCACUAUAUCUUAAGAAUGUAAAUUUUGUCUUGUUUUAAAUGCUGUGAUUCAUAACAAGAAAGCUUCAUGAAGGUUUGCAGUUUAUAAUAAACCAGUCAUGUCAGCUUCAUCUCUACUUUAAUGUUCACUAUAUUAUAGUGAUGCACUUAAUUACAAAACAUUAUAUAUAUCCAAAGUCAUACUUAUAGAAUAUAAUUGUGAAAAUUCUCACCAUUCUUACUUUUAUUGUUUAGAGCCAGACUUUUAUAAGCCACUACCAGAUAAUGGAUUCUUGUUGUACUGUUAAGAACCACAGUUUUAUAUACCACAACCAGAUGAUGGAUUCAAAGUUUCAUAUACUUGCAGCAUUACGAAAUGCAAGUUCCAGUCAAAAUGAUGCAUACUCAGUAUAAAAGUCAAUCCUUAAUUACGUUAAGAACAUGAUAGUUAUAAACGUUUGGUAGAUUUUAGAUAUAACUCUUCUUCUUCCAACAAUGAAGCCUCUCUGUGUAUCUCUGUCUUUGCAAACCUAUCCCUCCUGAAACUCUUCCAUGUUAUUCCUUCCUUUUGUGUUAAAUCUUUGUCAAUCUGUUAUUCCCAUCUUGAUCUCAAACUUCCUCUUGGGGAUUUUCCUUCUAUCUUCAUGUCCAGAAACCUUAUUUGAUAGUCUCCAUUUCCUUAUUUAUAACAUGUGCCCAUACAAUAUUAUUAAUGUUGUUUAUUAAUUCAUUUCCCAUUGUAUUUAUCUUCAUAUUUUCUCUAUUAUUAUUUGUUUUCUAUUCUCCUUCUCCUGGUUUCAAGGACUUGUCUGCCUUAAAGAUCUUAUCCCAGCAGCUGUUAUGUAGCAGUUAACCUUGGUCCAUGCCCAUAUUUCUCUUCAGUAUGUUCAUAUGGUCAUGUACAGCAGUAACUCUUAAAUGGACAUAAUUUCUGUUCCUUAGACAUAUCUCUGAAUACAAUUAUAUGCUACAUAACUAAAAUAAAAUUGUCUUUUAUCAAGCAUAAAAUUUCUUUCAUUUUCAGAGACCUUGUGGCCAUUGAAAUUUGAGUCAUUUACCAUACAGUAAAGCAUUAUGUUGAAAAGUGGAAUGAUACUAGAUUUACCCAGUCUUUUCAAUUACAACAUUUAUACAAUGAUGUAAUAUACAUCAGGCACUAGUGCAUCUCAUUUAGCCCUCAAAAUUGAUUUUCACUUAAUACAAAAUACCAGAAAACAAAAAAUCAUAAGCUGUUAUAUGUAAUCACAACUGUCCCAUAUGGACAGGCAACAUUCACAACAAAACAAUGGUCCUUUGUGUUCCUACAUUUUAUGCCUCAUUUUAAUAACUGAUGACUUAAAAUGUUAUUAUGUUUGGUUGCAGUAUCUGGGAAAUAUGAAGCACUCUUGAAAGAGUGCUGCCUGUCUCAGCUAGAGGUGUAGAGUGCAGUGCACACAAGCUGACACACAUGGCACUUAUGAUGUAUGAAAUUUUAUAUCACAAACACUUGAACCAUGGUAGUACAACUACAUUUAAUGCAGAAAAUUGGAAACCUCAAAAACGUGCAUUGCAUCAGAAUAGUAUUAAAAUUACCAAAAGAAAAAAAUAGUUGGUAUUUUAUGUUACAAUAUUUUAAAGUAAUAUUCAGAUUUUCUCAUUAUGAACUUUUAAAGCAUGCAUCAUGUUGUAGAUGAGGCAAUCCUGUGGACUGCAACACACAGGCUCAUGAAGCACACUUCUAAACACAGUAUUCUGCCAUACACAAAAGUAAGAAUAGUAUUUCAUAUGCACAGACAUGGGUAUUUCAUCAGUGAAUUACCACUUUAUAUUAAAAUUACCACUGUUGGUUUAUACAUGUUCAUAAUGUUUCAUGCAGUGUGUAUAUAAUACUCCAUGUAUAAUUUAUAUAUGAAACACAUAUGCACAUGCUCAGAACUCUUGGCAGAAUGCAAAUGAUUCUAUAUCCUUAUUCAGUUAUUUAUUAUAUUUUAGUUUCCUGAAGAAACUUAUAAUAAGGGGUCACUUACUCAACGAUAUAAUAGUUUUCAAACACUUUUGUAGAUAUUUGAUUGUAGACAAAACGUAAUUCUAGUUCAAUGGAAGAUAUGUAAAAGUGUUCUGUGUGCUUCCAAUUGUAAACUGUAAGAAUUAUUGUACAUCUGGAUAUAGAGAAAUGGAAAAUUAGAUGUGAGUGUAAUAAUAUAAUUAUAUAGAAUGUUAUUAAAUAUUAUACAUUAAUAUAUUUUAUGGUGCAAUGUUGUCCUGUGAUUUAAAAUAAUGUGUAUACACUUGUAAACUGUGACCUGUGUUAUGCCUACAGAGAGUCAGGAUCCGAUAGAUUUCCUAACAGGUAUAAAAUAUGCAUUAUUUAUAUAUACAUAUAUCUAACUGUUAUUUUGUAUUAUAGAUUAUAUAUAAAAUUCGAAAGAAGCCAUGACAGCCACUGGUGACUUUCGAAUGUGCUCUCUGUCCAAAAGCAUAACACAAAAUCUGAUAAUUAAUUAAAGCAUUUGAUAUAUUAUAUAAAGUGUAAAUAUAAAUUAUAUUUGUUGCCAUUAUAUUAGUAAUAUAGGAAACAUUCUGCAUCAACUGAAUAAUACUGACUUCAGUGAAACAGGAUAUUAGAGAAAUAAUUAGAUUUACAGAACUAAAAUGGAUGUAUUAUUUAGCUCAUAUCUGACUUAAAUAAGUUGUAUAGGUUAACAGUAGUGUAACAAAUUAUCUACUUAAAUAUGAUAUGUGAUAUGGCUGUAAUGUGAAUAUAGUAUUCCUGGAUAUUACUGUGACAUAUAGUGCAAUACUCAUGUAGGAUACAACAGUCUCUGAUGGUCUUCCUGCACUGGGGACCAGUGUUACUGUAGAUGUAGCCAUAGCUUUUGUAUAUGUGCAAACAACAAAUAAUAUGAUGUUUAAUGAAUAUACUGUAUUGCCAUUAGAGAUAAAUAACAAACACAUUUUUAAUAGUUGAGACCACUGCAUGUAUUCAGUUAGGAGGUGAAAAUGUACUUUGAAAAUGAGACCAGUCCUGUUACAGAUAUAAUUAAAUAUACAGGCAGUUCUUGAUUUACAUGUCAAAUUUGUUUUUGAAAAAACGUUGUGUAAAUGAAAAUUACACGAGUUACAGUAAAAAUGCAUUUAGUAUGAGGAUGCACCAGGUUGGUUGGUGUAAUUGUGAACAGUUUGACUGAUAUUUGGGCAGUGCUCAGCACAAAAUUGUCUAGGACACUGGCCAUCCUGAGUGAGGACUGUUGAAAUUUUCUUUAGCCCCUCAAGGCAAAUGCUAGGAUAGUAUCUUGAUUAGGCUGAAAACACUUCCUUCUGUGUCCUUUCUGAUUCAUCGUUCUUAUCAUCCUACAAUUUAGCAUCAAGAAACUGACAUGGCAAACUGUGGCUUGAAAGCCACAUGUAGCUCUUUAGAACCACUAAUGUGGCUGAGGGAAAAAAUUAUUUGAUUCCUUCUUCUGAAUGGAGUAAAUAUAAUAAAUCUGCUUGGUGGAAAACACCCCCUAAACAUUUGUGUCUGAAAUGAAUUUAUGGCUCCAAAACUUCUGAAAAAUAUCAUAUACAGCUCUAUAUUCGAUAAGUUAGGCCAUUCCUGCUAGAUACUGUUGCUAUGGGCAGUCUCAUGACAUAACCUGCAAGAAAAGAAAAACCAGAAGACGUAUGCAACCUUUUCUAAGCAAGGAUUUGAACCCCCAGACAGGAGUAACUAUACAUGCUUAUCCAUGUAUCGUUGCACCUAAUUUUGUUUUUAAAUUCAAUUUCAUAAUAGUUCACUUUAUUUUAAAGGUUCAUUAACUUUAUUUCAUAUUUUAAAUUAUGAAAACACAAGGCACUGUGUGAAAUCACAUUACAGGAAGAACUAGUGGCAUCCAGAUUAGGAAAUGGUACAUCCUUAUUGUCUGCUGAAUGUAAAACACACAAAUUAAAGAGACUGUAAAUUGAGAACUGGCUGUUUACUUUUCUGUAUUUGUCAGACACUGUGUUAUUACUGUUGUGUGUCAAAAAUGCGAAGGAGCAAAAUGCAUUUUGUUGUGCUAUAUGCAUAAUAUAUUUAUGUUGUUACACUUUUUGAUGUGUAUGAAGAGAUUUGACUUGGGACUGUGAGUGAAAUAACUGGAGCUUUUGUCAAGUCUCCCAUGAGCAGAAAAAACUCCUCGCUGGGCUGUAAAGGGAGCAAUAAUUUGUACAAAGAGCAUAUCAGUCUGCAUGCUUUGUGCAAAUAUUUGUAUGUAUCUGCAUAUUUUAUAUUUAUAAACAGGCAUUGUAAAAUUGCAUAUUUGUCCAUGAGCCAUCUGUGAAUGGGGGAGGAUAUAUAAAGCUGUCCUGUGCUUAAUCAAAAAGACUACUAUCUCAUACAGCACAGCAUUUAUGAUUUUGAUGCUUUAUGACUUACAUGAAAUAAGAUUCAACACCAUAUUCUUAAAAAUUUGUUACAGUUUUUAAGUAUCCUAACCAUAAAAUUAAAUUACGAUUAAAGCAGGCUUAACAUAUGAAUCAUGUACUGCAUGUAGUGUAUUUAUUGACAAUUAUAGCGCAUUCAAGUUAA